UGAGGCGUUUCCGCGACGGCGUGGGUUGGGACACGAACAUUUCCACUAAGGAGUGGACCAGCCCGAGGAUAAAGGAAGACCACACCGCUUUUGUGUUACGCGGUGAUCGUUCUGCUACGGCGUGAUGUGAACGCGAGGAACUCGGAUGCAUUAAAGGUCCUGUCUGAGGAAUCCUCACGUGAACGCAGCCGGAGCAUGAAAGCACCUCAGUUGCCGAGACUCAGGGAUAGCUCCGCUUCUUUCUCUUCCUCGUUGACAAUUUACGGUUGUGGUGGGGUACCAACACAUCAUCAUCACUUGGACUGAAUAUGUAUCAGGGGCAUUCACAGGAAAAAGACUCUAGGGCGGUUGCUAUGGUGUUGAAGGAGCUACCAAGUAAGGCAUCCUCAGAUGGAAACCCCCUGCUCACCGUGACAACUAAGUUGUGUAGUGAGAAGCAAGAGAGCCGGCCGUUGCUCAGCCCCUCCAUCGAUGACUUCCAGGCUGUGAGCAAGAGGGAUGGGGCCACACGACCAAUCACCUCCAACACAGCAGUCUUGUCCACAGCACUUGAUCGGGUGGACUUGAGUGAACCGUGUGAGAGACGCUGGAGCUGGGACAUUCGCAGCCCCCGUGGGUCUCGUAAGAACGGCUUCUCCAAGAGCAGCCUCCGCAGGAAGAAGACGGACGAGACUGAGCUGAUCCAGGUGGAGACAGAGCCUUCAUCUCCAAGUCCUUCUAACCCGGAAAGAGCCUCUUUAGAUUCAGUGAGCAGCUCACCGAUGGAGAAAUGGGAGGAGGUGAGCUUACAGCCAGACAGUGCCUUGAACCGAGGGAGAAAGUGGAGAUAUGAGAGGAAGAGGUGCACAUCCAACCAUUCGUCCAGCGAGCUUCUGUGGUCUGCAGAUUUUAAAACAGAUUUCUCUAACAGGCAUAGGGCCCUGGAGCUCAGUAUUAGCACAGAAUCAGAUCCUGGACCGUCUCCUCAGCGGCACAAGCCCCAGCUGGGCAGCGCUUUACUGGGGAGACAACCCUCAUUAGAGGAGGAGUUUGUGCGAGCCAAGGCUGCUGUGGAGUCAGAUACUGAGUUCUGGGAUAAAAUGCAGGCUGAGUGGGAGGAGCUGGCGCGCAGGAACUGGCUGGAGGAUGCUGAGAGUGAAGGCCUGGUUCCACUCAACUUCUCGCCCACUGAAAAGGGUUACAUCUUUCAAACCAAUAACCCGUACAAAGACUACAGCAAUGCCUUUGAGCAGGGCCUGCAGAAGUGGAGAGAGGGUGAUCUAAACAGCGCUGUAAUGCUGCUGGAAGCUGCUAUCUUACAGGACUCUCAGGACUCCGAGGCUUGGCAGGUUUUGGGGACCACGCAGGCAGAGAAUGAGAAUGAGCAGGCAGCCACUGUUUGUCUGCAGAGAUGUUUGGAGCUUCACCCAAAUAAUCUGAAGGCCCUAAUGGCCCUGGCAGUGAGCCUGACAAACACAGGGCAACAACAGGAAGCAUGUGAGGCUCUCCACCGCUGGAUCAGAUAUAACCCCAGAUACAGACAUCUGCUGCAGCACAGAAGCCCUCUGGACGGCUCCCCGCUGCCUCGCCGCAGAGGAUCCUCCAUCUCCCCCAUCUCUACUCUUGGAUGUUCUCAGCUGGUGGAAGUGUUGGAUCUGUAUCAGGAAGCAGUGCAGCAGAAUGCAGAAGUAGUGGACCCAGAUCUCCAGACAGGUCUGGGUGUGCUCUUUAACCUCAGCUCGGAGUUUGACAAAGCUGUGGAUGCCUUCAAUGCUGCAUUGUCUGUGCGACCCGAGGACUAUUUACUGUGGAAUCGCCUGGGGGCCACGCUGGCUAAUGGAGACCGCAGUGAAGAGGCAGUGGAGGCUUACACCAGAGCUCUGGAGCUCCAGCCAGGCUUCAUCCGCUCCAGAUAUAACCUCGGCAUCAGCUGCAUCAACCUAGGGGCACAUCGGGAGGCAGUGAGCAACUUUCUGACAGCACUGCACCAGCAGAGGAAGAGCAGGAGUCAUCAGGUGAUGUCCAGCAAUAUUUGGGCUGCUCUGCGAAUCGCCCUUUCCCUCAUGGACCAGCCAGAACUUUUCCAGGCAGCCAGUGUGGGAGAUCUGGACCUUCUUAUGAGGGCCUUCAACAUGGACAUUUGAUUAAUAUUGGACAUGUGAAAUCUUCUAUUCACUUCAACCGCAGGCACAAAGCUAGGCAUGAGUGAAUGAGAAAUGUCAAUAUAUUAUGCAGAGCGUGCCCAGCUUUUUUUGGACUAAAAGACCAUCUUUACCUUCUUUAGAGGACUUCCACUGUGUAGGUUAUUUAUUCAAUAGAGCACAAAAUGAAGGGUUUAAAACUAGAGUAAUAGAUAAGAUGGACCUGAAAUAUUUAAAGAGAAAGAGUGAGAGCAAAAAGCACUUUUCCUUGAUGUAAGUUAUAUUUUAUUGUAAUAUUUUUAAGCUUAUCUGAAGACUUUGUAUACUUGAGAAAAUGAACCAAAAGGGAAUAUCUGAGAUAUUUUGUUCAGUAUGCAUUGAAUAUUACGCCACACAAAAAAUAUCUAUUUAUCAUGUCCACUUCUCAAGCAUGCUCUUGUGACAUACUGCAAGGCUUAUUCCUCACCACUAAGUGGAGCUGUUGCCCACUGAAAAAGCACAUCCAUAAUAUAUCAGCGCAUCAUCUACCAAACCCAGUGACACUAAGUGCGGUAUGACAUUAUGAAUGAAUUUUACUUUAGGAUGCAACGCCCUCUCUGGGUGAUCUAUGCCCAGGUGUGCAGGCAGGGUGUGUUCCCCUGGCCAUCUGUCUUCCAACAAGCCCCUUUUAAUGCUGUGUGCUCCGGGGCACUCUGGAUCAGGGCUCGGUGGGGAACAACUUCAAAGACUCUGCAUGAAAGGUCACAGCAAAAGCGGUAGCAUGUUGAAAGUGACUUGAUGUUAGAGCAUUAUCCCAAACGUUUAAAUAGAACUGAAUACAUUGACAAAUACUGUAAAUGAUCUACUAUAUGUAAGCAACAACAUCCUGGCUGUACAGUUCAACUGUUAGGCUUUGUAAGUUUAAAGUGCAUUUACUGUGACUGAAAACCCUUUUUUCUAAAGAGAUACUGUAUAUUAACAGAAGCCAUUUGAGGAGGUAAACUAGCACAGUUAUGAUUUGAGCCCAGUUCAGUUUUAGGCUGAAUAUUUUUUGAAGACAUAACUAUGCAAAACGGAAUUGCUAAAUUUACCAAAUAUUUUAGUGUGUGUAAUAAAGUUUGUCUUGCCACUAUG